UUCACCCCUAAAAAAAGGACAAAACAAAACACGGUACUGAGAUUAAGAAACUUCAUAGAUCGAUCCCAUUCCUCUGUAACUCGCAGAUUAAGGUUGGUUUCGAUUCCGAUGUUUGCCCAUGUCCUCAUUCAUGAAAUUUCGUGCUCUUCGAGAAAUGGUGACAUAGAAGAUUCAGCAUUGCAUUGCAAUGUGUGAAGAACAAGAUAAGAUAGACAGAUAGAUAGAUCUUACACAACACGCAUUCAUUCAUACGCAUACGCAUUCAAUUCAUCACAAGAAGAUGGAAUUGCACACACCCCCACCCAUCUCUUUCUCUCUCUCUCUAACCCCUGUCGCUUUCUCUCUCUCUCAACUUUCCCUCUCUUGGUCAAGCUUCAAAUACCAGUUGCAAUGACCCUUCAUUCCCAAUUCACAUUCUAACACUUUUCCUUCACAAAAUUCUCCUCUCUUUUUCCCCUCUCUCUCUCUCUCUCUCUCUUGCUAGCUACAUACAACGAUGGGAGAUUUGGAGAAUGGUAUCGAGUUGCAUGACCAUCUUCAGAAGCUUCAUUGUUCUGUGAAGAAUUACGAUUGGGGUUUACCUGGUCGAGUUUCUCAAGUUGCGAGGCUCUUCUCGCUGAAUUCUGGGUCGGAAUUCGAUCCGGAGGAGCCUUAUGCUGAGCUUUGGAUGGGUACCCUUGAUUCAGGGCCAUCGUUUGUGCUGUCCAAUGGGGCCAAGAGGGCUACCCUGAAGGCUUGGAUUUCAGAGAACCCGGAUGUGCUUGGUGAUAAGGUUCUUCAGAAAUGGGGUGCUGAUCUCCCUUUCUUGUUUAAGGUGCUGUCUGUGGGGAAAGCCUUGUCCAUACAGGCUCACCCGGAUAAGGAGUUGGCUAGGACUCUGCAUAAAUUGCUGCCUGAUAUGUAUAAGGAUGGGAAUCACAAACCUGAGAUGGCUCUGGCAAUGACAGAUUUUGAGGCCCUUUGUGGAUUUAUCACUUUUAAGGAGCUUAAGGCUGUGCUUCGUACUGUUCCUGAAGUUGUGGAACUGGUUGGUGUUGCAAAUGCAAACCUGGUCUUACAAACUAGCGAUUGGGAUGGUGAAGAGGAGGUAAAACCUGUUUUGCAAGCAGUGUUCACCCACCUCAUGUCAGCUGGUAAGGAGAUGGUAACUGUUGCAGUAAACAGAUUGAAAAGUCGCCUGCAUAAGGAAAUUGAGGUGAGGCCAUUGACAGAUAAGGAACAGCUGGUGUUGCGGUUGGAAAAGCAAUACCCAGCUGAUAUUGGUGUCAUAGCAGCCUUCUUUCUCAACUAUGUCAAACUCAAUCCUGGUGAAGCAUUGGUCCUAGGGGCAAAUGAACCACACGCAUAUUUAUCCGGGGAGUGCGUUGAAUGCAUGGCAACUUCUGACAAUGUUGUUCGAGCUGGCCUAACUCCCAAACACAGAGAUGUCCAGACUCUUUGCUCCAUGCUCACAUACAAACAGGGUUUUCCUGAGAUUCUGCGAGGAGUUCGUCUAAACCCAUAUGUAAGUAGAUACACUCCACCAUUUGAGGAAUUCGAGAUUGAUCGAUGUGUUCUUCCUCAAGGGGAAAGAGUGGUGUUCCCAGCAGUUCCAGGUCCUUCCAUCUUUUUGAUAACAGUUGGGGAAGGAAUGAUGAAUACAGGGUCUUCACCAAUAGGACAUGCAGUCACUGAAGGUGAUGUUCUUUUUGCAGCUGCUAACACUGAAGUUAGCAUUACUAGUGCAUUCGAGUUGCACCUGUACAGAACAGGGGUUAAUAGCAAAGUUUUUCAGCUUUCUUAAGUUAAAACCAGAUGCCCUUUGUUUAUUGUUGUUCAUUUUAUUUAUUUAUAUAAGCCCUAUGCUUUUAGAGAGACAAAUAAUGAAGAUCAUGUGUUACAUCAUGUAAUAGCAGCAAUUUAGUGUACAUUAGCAACAGUUAUAAGAUAGCAUACAAGUGAGAGAAGUGAUCAUUACAGAAAUGUGGGAUUGUAAUUCGUUUAUUCAUCAAACUAAUGUUCGUUUAUCAAAUCAUACAAUAAAUGAAGUUCCUAUAAAUAUUUUUUUGUC